UAAAAGUGUCAAGAAAUUGAAUUCAAGUUUUUUCUUGAAGUUUUUAAUUUUUAUUCUUUCAAAUCAAUAAUUAUGUAUUAUUACUUUUUCUAUAAAAAUUUAGAAUGAGAAUUAAAUAUUGCGUUAUGUGCAACUCAAUAAUGAAAUAUGCGUGAAUUUGGAAAAUUUGGUCCUAUAAUUGGUGCCAUUGACGAGGGUACUUCAAAUGUAAAAUUUCUGGUAUUUGCUGCAAACACAUCAGAAGUGCUGACCUAUCACCAAAUAUCAUUAAAACGAUUUAGUCCUCGAGAAGGAUGGGUGGAACAAGAUGCAUUGGAAAUUUUGAGUGCUGUUUUGGAAUGUAUCGAGGUAACAGUAGACAAUUUGAAAAAACUUGAUAUUAAUCCUGAAGAUGUUGUGGGCAUUGGAAUCACUAACCAAAGAGAAACUACUAUAGUGUGGAAUUCUGCCAAUGGAGAACCACUUUAUAAUGCCAUUGUAUGGUUAGAUGUUAGAACAUCAAGUAUUGUCGAUGAUCUUCUUAAAACCAAAGGAGCACAGUCUAUAAAUGCUGUAACACAAACAAGUGGGCUACCAUUGUCUACAUAUUUCUCAUCAGUAAAGCUAAAAUGGCUCUUGCGAAAUGUCACUGCCGUUAAAGAUGCAGUUAGUAAUGGUGAAUGCAUGGUGGGCACUGUAGACUCGUGGUUAAUUUGGAAUCUUACAGGUGGAAGCCGAGGGGGCGUGCAUGCUACAGAUGUCACAAACGCGUCUCGAACUCAACUUAUGUCAUUAAAAAGCUUACAAUGGGACAAAGGACUGUUGCGUUUUUUUGACAUACCAGUGCAAAUACUUCCAAAGAUAAAAAGUUCUGCUGAAAUUUAUGGGUACAUCGCUACUGGUUCAUUACUUGGCACACCAAUUGCUGGGUGCUUAGGGGAUCAGCAGGCGGCUCUGGUUGGUCAAAAUUGCAUGAACUUUGGCCAGGUUAAAUGCACUUACGGUACAGGCUGUUUCUUGCUUUACAACACAGGUGAAUCCAUAGUGCACUCACAGAAUGGGCUACUUACAACAGUGGCAUAUAAGCUUGGACCAAAUUCUCCCCCCAUUUAUGCAUUAGAAGGAUCAGUUGCGAUAGCAGGCGACACGUUACAGUGGCUGCAAGAUAGCCUGGGCAUCAUUAGCGACGUCUCCGAGACUGAGACUCAAGCGUCACAAGUGACUGACGAUGAUGAAGGAAGCAUUUGUUUUGUGCCUGCAUUUAACGGGUUGUAUUCACCUCACUGGAGAAAAGAUGCCAGAGGUGUGAUGUGCGGGCUGAGCAGCCGCACGCGGCGCCAGCACGUGGUCCGCGCGGCGCUGGAGGCGGUGUGCCAGCAGACGCGCGCCGUGGCCGACGCCAUGGCGGCCGACUGCGCGCCGCUGCGCCGCCUGCUCGCCGACGGCGGCAUGGCGCAGAACGCGGCGCUCAUGCAACUGCAGGCCGACCUGCUGGCCAUACCGGUGAUUCGCCCUCUCAUGAUGGAAAGCACAGCUCUCGGAGCAGCCAUAGUAGCGGGGCGCGCGCUCCAGGUGUGGCCAGUUAGUACACCCAGCCCACCAGCCGACACCUUCUUACCAGGAAUUUCUAAUGAAGAACGAGAAAUACGUAAAGUUCGCUGGGAGAAAGCCCUAGAUAGAUGUUUGGGCUGGGCAUCAGAAGACAAUGAGACAACACAGUACAAACCUGAUGAGGUUGACUACACCACAGCAGUGUUACCAUCAGGCCUGUUCUUCCUUGGUACAGCAUUGCUUGUAAUAUUAGCAGAUAAAUUAAGAAUGUAGAUUUCAAUGUUCCUCAAAUUAGUCAUUAGAUUAUGUUAUACCUGCAGUGAUAGUCAGUCAGCCAUAAUACAUGCAGUAUUAUUAUUAUUAUUAUAUAGUGAAAUGUUACCAUAAAAUAAAAUGAAAUGAUUUA